GUGUGAUUGGCUGACUGGAGAGCUGAUUUUCAUACACAAACAGUAUUUUUAGUUUCCACCAAACGUUCGGGGCCAAAAGGCAUCAGGUCUGUAAAACCCCGAGGUCCUACAAACUACAGAAGCAUAAACCACGAGCUAGUCAGGCGGACACUGGGGGUCUCUCUCCAAGUGACCAGAAGCGACCUGAGCACGGAGGGACUGUCAAAUUUUAUCUUCGAGGUGGCCGUCAUUGCAUGCGCCUGGCAUUACUACGGGACUGUUGCUUUCUGUUGUUCUUGGAUAUUACGUAGCUCUACAUCUUGACUGAUCGUAGGAACAGAUCUUGAAUAAAUAUGAUGUCCAACCCCACGGCUGCCUCUCUCGCCGGAUAUUCCUACGGGAUUCCGUGGUCGACUCCCACCACCCCCGUGGAUAAAGGAGUCUCCCCCACGGCGGGACACAAGAUGGGAUCCCCGACGUUGGUCACUCCCAAACCGUCCGUGCCAGGGACAUCAACGUGCCAACCCUCCGCAAUGUCCAUGUACCCUUAUUACGCUCCGGCGUUUCUCGGGGGAUCUAACCCAGGAAUGAACCUAAUAUACGACCCGGCAGCUAUGUACAACUCUCUGCACACGGAGCCCAAGGACAAGGCCGAUCCCUCCAGUACAUGGGGUGGCAUGAAUUCCCGUCUUUGGUACCCCAGUUUGUACGGGCAGACGACAGCCGCUGCCUUCAAUGGGUACGCGGCGUCACCAUACGCCUCUGGUGCCGCUGCGCAGGGAUACGGCACAACGGGCCCCAUCAAAACCACAGUAUCACGAGAAAACACUCGGACGCUUAAAGCAUGGCUUCAUGAGCACAGAAAAAAUCCAUACCCGACCAAAGCCGAAAAGAUCAUGCUAGCCAUCGUGUCGCGUAUGACACUGACUCAAGUCUCCACUUGGUUUGCCAAUGCAAGAAGGCGUCUGAAGAAAGAAAACAAAAUGACAUGGGAGCCGAAAUAUCGAUCAAAUUCACAAGAUGGCGACGCUGAUGGUGAUGGUGACGUCAUUGAUGACGACAUGGAUGAGGAUGUUGACGUAGACAAUCAUGACGACACGAACAGUUCUGUGGAUGAGACCGAAAUUUUUGGAAAUACAGAAAAAGAUUCACUAAAAGCUGUAAAGACGACGCUUUCAACACCAGAGUUGUCGCAGACGACAGUUUCUAGAUCACGUGACGAUGAUUGUGCGAAAAAUUCACUGGACUUUCCCCGCACGGGGGAUUUAGAUGAACAUAACCGACAUACAGACUCCGUCUCUCCAGCAGCCUGCGCUUUUCCACAAGAACUUUACGGAAGAGAUAAAGUUAUGGAACUUGCGGACCCAUUGUCACCGUCCUCUUCCAAACCAAAAAUUUGGUCCAUAGCACAUAUAGCCACAUCGAACUGUAAAGCUUUAGAUGUGUCAGCGUCGCCGGCAAAACAAGCCCAAAUCUUUAAACUUCACCCAUCAGAGGCGGUCACAACCACAACAGCGUUAAACGCAGAUGUUAAACCGUGCGCAGUGGAACUGUGAAACCCAUUUUCUACUUGCUCUGGUAGUUGUUACUUAUAAUUUCAAGGAUCCUCCGCGAGGUGGUGCUAGUCAGAUAACCUGUUUUUUUAUUCACUAAAUAAAAAUCAGGAUGGGCUAGGCGGCCCUAUACUGCCCUCAACCAUAAAAUGGAGGGGGCUUGCACUGCAGACGACCAAUCAAUUUGAUUGAUGAGAUUGCGUGGACUCGGAUGAAGCGUUAGAAUCUGUGCUGCUUUAAACCAUAGAAUCAGCGAAGAAAAAAGCUUUCAUUUCGCCGAAAACCUCUCAGAGAGAGAGAGAGAGAGAGAGCAAGAGAGAGCAAGAAAGUUACGUUUUACAGCUCUAUUAAGAAGAGACAGGUAGCUCUUCGCCGGAAGUAAUGAACUAGUUGACAAGGUAAAAGUAGAGCGUGCAUAUUCGAGGCAGUAUAUUUAAAGAAAUUCGAGUUAGAAACCCUUUAAGUUUUCACUUAGAGCCUUCAUUUCUCCUAUUUCAGAGCGUUUGUUAGAAACCAAAAUGUCAACACACUAAGAAUGCGAUUACACACACAUAUAUAUAUAUAUAUAGCAAAUAUACAUACACAUCUUAUUUAUUUUUAAUUUUUAAGGAGGUGUCAACCUUUUUAAAGAUUUAAUUGAAAAGUAAGAACUUCUUUUGAUAAUGCUAUAUAAUAUGAUAAGGUUAAACAAUCGAUUUACUUCUACCAGGUAAAGGAAUCCGCCAAUUUAUACUGCGUUUCUGUUAUAAGCCCAACGUUUGUAAAUAAUGUAACACCAAAGAAUG